AUGGUUGCUAUAAAGGAUGCAUCGUCAUGCGUGAUGCUACCACGCGAGGCAGCUGCCUUCAUCGUGGAAAAGCUAGCGCACCACCUUGCAGAUGUGAUGGGAAAAAAUAAGCACAAGGUCAGUGAAGAUCAACUUCCAGAUUUCAAGCCGAAAACGGCUGACAGGGCAUCAGUAGCCUGGGUGUUCUUCAUCGACACGCUGAACUUCUCGUUCUGGUCGGAGGACGAGCAGCGAGCGUUCACCGUGCGACACAGAGGUCGCGACCUCACAGGCUACUUAUCUCUCUGCGCAGCCGUCAACAGGCCGCUGGAGUUGGCCCUCGCAAAACUGUGCACCCUCCUGCAGACAGAGGGCGCUGCCAGAGUGCACGUAAACGUCGUGAUUGUCAACCUCUACCUCUGGGAUCUGAUCAAAACCAAGACAGCUGAAGAAAUUCUCCGGCUCCUUCCUGACCUGACGUGCGUCGAGCGUAGCAACAAGAGUGCAUCCCGCCUGCUCCGCCUGAUCUUGGACAACUUCCCGUCAUACAGGGACGAAACCACGUACGUGGGACGCAGAGUGGCACUAUGGAAGCGAGCUUAGAUCCUGGUAGCAGACAUCUGGGCGUGUUGUGAGGGCAAAGGUCACGGCGAAUUCCACGACAUAGACACCCUCACCAUGUUUGCCGAUUACAGAAUACCGCAGGCGCUGGUUCACUUCGACGUUCUGGAGUAUUCGCAGAUACUCCUGGAUCUGCUGCUAAAAGAUGCAGAAAUGUCACUUAAUUUGUUCCAGAGUGGUGAUAGGAAGGAGGUCGAGAUCAGGGGCGCUAGCAUCUCGGCGGUGGAGUUGGCCCUCGCAAAACUGUGCACCCUCCUGCAGACAGAGGGCGCUGCCAGAGUGCACGUGAACGUCGUGAUGGUCAACCUAUACCUCUGGGAUCUGAUCAAAACCAAGACGGCUGAAGACAGCAGCAUACAGCUUCCCUUUCAUCACAUCAGAUGCAUUUACUACUGA